CACAUCACAUACUACUGCACACACGAUGAGGAAGAUGUCAAGCUGAUGGUUGUAUUUUCUGCAAGCUAAGGUUUCUGAUAAUGACUUGAGACAUUUUUUAAGGGAUUAGCAGCAUUCACUUCUUCUGAAGUGUGAACACAGGUUCUUUCACUUGAUCAGAGAGCCUUGUGGUUUAUCUGGUCUGUUUACCUCAAGACAGGGGCCUCACUUUCCUCAUAUGCCAACAAAGAUGGUAUAGGCAAGACUGAUCUCUGGAGGCAUGGCAGCAGUUCAAAGAUCUGCCUUUGUGGACCCAAAUCUGGGGUCAGGCCCGGACGAGGAUGAAAUCUCAUUGUUGGAAGAAGAGUCGGACUCUGGAAGCUUGUUGUCCGAUGAUUCUGUUCUUCCGGAUUAUGAACAAGAGGAAAGGAAAAAAGGAACUGCCAACACACUAUAUGAGGCUUGUGUCCAAAAUGACCCAGAGGCACUGAAGAGAGUGUUGGAACGAGGUGUGACCUAUGAUGAGGUCAUGGAAGUUGACCUUAAUGGCAGGAAUGGACUGAUGGUGGCUGCAUAUAAAGGCUUUCUUCCAGUUGUUUACGAGUUGCACGGCUGUCCACAUCUGGAUAUUAACCACCAAGACAAUGAAGGCAACACUGCUUUAAUGAUCGCAGCUCAAGCUGGUCAUGUCUCCAUAUGUAACUACAUCAUGAAUUACUUCCCUGGAGCAGAGACAGAGAUCAGAGACUACAGAGGAUUCACUGCCCUCAUUAAAGCUGCCAUACAGGGCAGGAAUGAUGUGGUGGCAGCUCUUAUAAUGCACGGUGCUGAUGUAAAGGCUGUAGACUCCAACCGUGGUAAAUGUGCACGUGACUGGGCACUGAAAACAGGUCGCUUUGACACGCUGAAUCGUCUGCGCCACCUUGCGCUCCAUCCAACAGCUGAACAGUUCUGUGACACCUACGUUCCAGAGUGGCCCAACCUUAAGGUGCUGGUCAGCAAAGCAACAGCCAAUAAGAGUGCCAGCCAGAAGCUGACUCAUCGUCUCAAGGGUACUUUUGGUUUCAGUUUCCCACGUGACCCGCAGGAAAAUGGUGUCAUGGAUCACAUGGUGCGAAUGACCACCAGCCUACACAGCCCACUCAUAGCCACGGCCACACGGCCGCUGUGCCCAAGCAGCCCUCCACAGAUGGGUAAACGUCGGCUUGCUGUGGCUGAACUGAUGCAGAAGUACUCACAGAAGCAGCUGGAGGAGAGUUCACUGUGCCAUCGAAACAGCUCCAUCUCCUUCAUUUCUUCUUCUGUCCACUCGGCUGAGUCUGUCUCUUUGUCCUGCUGUGCCGAUACAGAGAGACGCGGCAGUGUGCUGUCCAUUGCUCAGUCUGGAAUGCGCACAUUCAUUCCUCGUAGUAUGGCAUCAAGGCGCAAUAGCAUCUUCCCCUCUGGCUGUAUCCCACAGAUUGAAGUUACUAAAUCCUCUGAGCCCACCCCAAAAAAGGAGAAGAAGAAAAAAAAGCAGAAAGGUUACCUGGAGCCUCCAAAGUGGAAGUAUAAGGAGGCCAAGGAUGAGAAGAAGAAAGAGAAGAAAGCAUUGAAGGAAAAGGAAGAGAAGGAAAAGGAAAAGGAGAAGAAAAGCAAAGACAAGGAUAAAGGAAAAAGGAAAAAGGAAAAAGCGUGAUGACUAAGAUGGGCUUUCUGAACCCUCAGUAAGGUUGUAGAUGCCUUCAGUGUAAUUGUGUGUGGGGAAAUGCUUGAUGACAGAUUCAGUAAAGCAAUGCAGUGAAGAACGCAUGGGCUCUGAAAAGAGGAAGUGCAUUUUGAAACCUCAGUGGUGCAUUCCUGUCUCACGAAAAUCCCUUCCAACUUCCUAUCAGGGCAAUUUAUCUAUGACGGUUUAAGUCAGUCUUAUAGGCUUUAAGGUCUCUGAUUGGAUGACUUACGUGUAGAAUAAUUCCUGAAAGAGUGCUGUAUGUAAAUAAUCACAUACAGUACAUCAUCAGAACUGAAUAGUGCUUUUUCACAAAAAAAAAAACAGUUACAUUAACCACAGUUUACUUGCAAAAUUACUGUAUCCCACAGCAAUUAGGGUUAUGUGCAACAAACUUCUGUAAUCAGGUUACAUCAUUUCCAGAUCAGAUUUCUUUUGUAUGUGCUUUCUUAAAUAUGGAGUUUUUUCACUCAAGAUGCCUUUGAAGCAAAUAUACCACUUAUAACAAAUGUCAAUCACAAACGCAGAUUGCUAUCUAAAAAAUAUAUAUUUUUCUUCUUCUCACUAAAAUUUGGAUAUUAAAACUGAAUAAAUUCCUGCAAUAAAAACAAAUAGCUAAGCUACAUUAAAAGUUCAUAGAUAGCACUGUCCGUUCAUACUGCUAUUAAUACUUUCUUGACAAGCGGAUGCAACGAGACCAGCUUUGCGGUUUGGUCAGAUGAUAACAAAAUACCCUAUUCACCUCCUAAAAAACUAAAAAACUAUUUUUUGCAACAACUGUACUUUCAGAAAAAGUACAAUGCUAUAAGGUACAUUCUUGUACCUUAUUUACCUCCAUCUACUACAUAUUAUGCUACAUAUUAGUAACUUAAAGGCAGUGGUUCUGAACUUUGUUCCUGAGGAGAUCCUUUGUAUGUCUCUCUUGUCUAACACACUCAGUUCAGUUGAUGGAUUCUCUUCUAAUGAGCUGAUGAUUUCAAUCAGGUGUGUUAAAGAAGGAAGAUAUACAAAUAAUAUUGAUGAUGUAUUAUGUUUGUAAAUGUGUAUGAUUGUAUUGUAACAUACUGUAAAUAUGAUUUAAUAAACUAUGUAA